CUAAACUUAGCUCAAAUACAUAUCUAAGCUUUUCUCUUCUCUCUCAAGAGCUCUCUUAGCUUCUACCAUUUUCAAAUUUUAGUCAUAUUCCAAGCUUAGUACUUCUAAGCUCAUUUGAAGAUGGAGAAGGUGAUGAGAUUGGCCUCUGAGAAGGGAGUGGUUAUGUUUAGUAAGAGUUCUUGUUGCAUGUGUUACACUGUGAAGAUUCUUUUCCAUGAACUUCAGGUGAACCCCAUUGUUCACGAGCUUGACCAGGACCCUGAAGGAAGGGACAUGGAGAAGGCACUCAUGAGGAUGGGUUGCAACACCGCUGUACCAGCAGUCUUCAUUGGUGGGAAGUUGGUGGGAUCGACAAAUGAAGUUAUGUCCCUCCACCUUAGUGGCAGUCUUGGUCCAUUGAUCAGGCCAUAUCAAGUUAUGACCUAAAUGGUCGUUGUUCUGAUACCAUAUUAAAACCAUAUGCUUUCUCCUUAAGCACUAUUUAUCCAUGAAACCCUUUAUUGUACCAAGUAGUUGUUCUCGAUCCUUAGCUAUUUAUUAGCUUUCUAAUAUGCAUGUAUCCUUCUAUUUCUCCUUAUGAAAUGGAUUAUUAUAUGAGUCUUUUCUUUAA